AUGGUCAAAAAUUGCAAGAAAAGAAACUAGUCAGUUGAAGUUUAAAUGGGAAUAAACUACUAGCUACAGCUUUAGAGAUUUCUUGAAAUUGGUAGGCCUAUAGACAUUUCUCGUGAACUUCACAAGUAAGGGCCUCUAGAAUUCCUACCAAAACUCAGCAAGUAUCUAAAUGAGCAAAGAUCUUUUUAACAGGAAAUGCUUUAAGGAUUCAAGCUAAUGUUAUCUGAUUUGUAUUCUCAGUGCUUUGAGAAGUAAUUAUUCAGCAGAAAGUAAUUGAGAUCUAUUCUAGCACUUAUUACAAGUCUUACUCAUGUACUGCAUCAAUCAGAGAUCUUAAACUUGGAAUAACCCUCACGACUUGAACGCUUUGAAUAAUUCAUGGAGAAAAGAUCAUCUUCUCAACAAUCAAGAGCUAGAUCAAAGAGUAAGUUUGAAUCUGAGCAAAAAUCAAGCAGUGAGAAUACUCUUAGAAGAGAUUCCUCUUCUAUUAAUAGCAUCGAUAAAAAGAGAGUUCAUUUUGAUGAUUCUAUUGGCAUUAGUUCUAAAAGCAAAUCAAUAUCAAAGGGGAAAGCUUGCAAAAAGAAGAGGACAAGAAGAGGCAGAGGAAAGAAGCAUAAGUUUAGGGAAUAGGGUAAGAAAUUAGAGGAACCUAAGUCAAGAAUAAACUUUGAGUAAAUCAAAUCAGAUUAUGACAAAAUAUUCUAAGACUCUUAGCUUACAGAGGUUAAAUACAAUCCUGAGGAUAAUCUUCUAAUAGAAAACUCAAAUUUGACGCUUUCAGAGAAUUCUAAUUCUAACACUGUGCAAUUAGAUAGCAAUCAUUUGACUCAGAUUGAAUAAUUAGAUGAAAUGCUUUUCUAUUUCCUAAGAGAGACUUACUUCAAUUAUUAUCAUAUGAUAAGGCAUGAUCUUGAAUAAAUCCUCAAGAAUAGAGUACAAAGAUUCAAGAUUGAGAUAUGGGAGAGCAAUAAUUAUCUUUUCAACGUUGGCAAGCUGAUGAUAUAUGAGAGAACCUGCUCUAUUGAUGAGAUAAGAUAAGCAUUCAGUCAAUCUUCUAAUGUCAGUUGCUCAACUGGAAAUUCAUUAGCCACCAAACAAUUUAAUAGCCAUAUCAAGAUUCUUGAUAAUACAGUGCCUACUUUAAUGAUCUGCAACUUUUAGUUCUGA